AUGAAACUUGCAGCCUCUUCCCUUCUCUGCCUUCUAUCUUUGGCCACCGUUUUGGCAAGUGGCCCUGAAGCUGCAGCACCAAACGUGCCCCCCACUCACUAUGCUUCCACGUUCAAUAAGAGCUCUUUUCCUUCUGAUUUCUUGUUUGGAGUAGGCACUUCCGCGUAUCAGGUAGAAGGAGCAGCAUUUAUUGAUGGCAAAGGCCCAAGUAUAUGGGACACCUACACUAAACUGCACGGAGACAAAAUUUGGGAUCACAGCUCUGGUCAAACAUCAGUUGAUUUUUACCAUCGAUACAAGGGUGACAUAAAAAUAGUGAAGGAAAUUGGGUUGGAUUCCUUUAGAUUUUCUCUCUCAUGGAGCCGCAUAUUCCCAAAGGGAAAAGGAGCUGUUAAUCCUUUGGGGGUUAAAUUCUACAACGAUCUGAUCAAUGAAAUCAUAGCAAAUGGCUUAAAACCCUUCGUGACUCUCUUUCAUUGGGACUUGCCACAAGCUCUUGAAGAUGAGUAUGGAGGGUUUCGUAGUUCUAAAAUAGCGGCUGAUUUUCAUAAUUAUGCGGAUUUUUGCUUCAAGACAUUUGGGGACAGAGUUAAACAUUGGGUGACAUUGAACGAGCCAUUUUCAUUCGCCCAGGCUGGAUACGGUGCGGGCUACUUCGCACCAGGUAGGUGCUCUAAAUAUGCUGGAAGUUGCACCGUUGGUGACUCAGCCACUGAACCCUACAUCGUCGGCCAUAACUUACUUCUUGCGCAUGCCACCGCUGCUACACUGUACAAGAGAAAAUAUCAGGCUCACCAGAAAGGAAAAAUUGGAAUCACCAUAGUGACUCACUUCUUCAAACCAAAAACCAAUAGUGAUGCUGAUCGCAAGGCUGCAACACGAGCUCUGGAAUUCUUUUUCGGAUGGUAUGCUCAUCCAGUUACAUACGGUGACUAUCCCCAAAGUAUGAGAUCUUUAGUGGGUUCUAGACUCCCCAAAUUCACACCAGCUGAAUCAGAAAGUCUCAAAGGUUCCUACGAUUUUCUUGGUGUGAAUUAUUACAGCACAUAUUUUGCAGAAUAUGCUGCACCUGUCACCACCAACAGGACCUUCUACACAGACAUGCUAGCCACUAUCUCUACGGAAAAGAACGGUGUAUCUCUUGGGACCCCGACUGAUUUGAAUUGGCUCUUUAUUUAUCCCAGCGGACUUUACAAUCUUACAACAUACGUGAGGGACACUUACAAGAAUCCUCCCAUUUUCAUCACAGAAAAUGGUGUUGCUGAAGGAAGGAAUGACUCAAAACCAGUGAGUGAAGCCCGCAAGGAUGGAAUCAGGAUCAGAUAUCAUGAUAGCCAUCUCAAAAUCCUUCAUGCAGCUAUCAAAGAUGGUGUUAAUGUGAAGGGGUACUAUGCAUGGUCAUAUUCUGACAGCUAUGAAUGGGAUGCUGGUUACACAGUUAGGUUUGGCCUCGUAUAUGUGGAUUACAAGGACAACCUGAAAAGAUACCCCAAGUUCUCUGCUUUCUGGCUGAAAAAGUUCCUUCUCAACUGA